AUGAGUGGAUAUAAUGUAACAGACCCAAACCUCCCUAUAAACAUCAGUAACCCAUGCACAGAUGGCAACAGCAAACUAUUUUCUUAUUUCUGUAAUAAAGAUGUGAAUGAAUGUGAUGAGAUUCCUGAGGUCUGUGGUCCAAACUCAAUCUGCAACAACACUGAUGGGAGUUACAAUUGCUGGUGUAUGAGUGGAAAUAAUGUAACAGACCUGAACCUCCAUAUAAACAUCAGUAACCCAUGCACAGAUGUGAAUGAAUGUGUUGAAAUUCCUGAGGUCUGUGGUCCAAACUCAAUCUGCAACAACACUGCUGGGAGUUACAAUUGCUCGUGUAUGAGUGGAUAUAAAGUAACAAACCUGAACCUCCCUAUAAACAUAAGCAACCCAUGCACAGAUGUGAAUGAAUGUGAUGAGAUACCUGAGAUCUGUGGUCCAAACUCAAUCUGCAACAACACUGCUGGGAGUUACAAUUGCUCGUGUAUGAGUGGAUAUAAUGUAACAGACCUGAACCUCCCUAUAAAGAUCAGUAACCCAUGCAAAGAUGUGAAUGAAUGUGAUAAGAUACCUGAGGUCUGUGGUCAAAACUCAAUCUGCAACAACACUGCUGGGAGUUACAAUUGCUUGUGCAUGAGUGGAUAUAAUGUAACAGACCUGAACCUCCCUAUAAACAUCAGUAACCCCUGCACAGAUGUGAAUGAAUGUGAUGAGAUUCCUGAGGUCUGUGGUCCAAACUCAAUCUGCAACAACACUGCUGGGAGUUACACUUGCUCGUGUAUGAGUGGAUAUAAAGUAACCAACCCGAACCUCCCUAUAAACAUCAGUAACCCAUGCAGAGGCUUAAAUGGAACAGCAGCACCAACAACAACAACAACAACAACAACACAAUCAGUAAUUAAAAUGUCAAUGUCAAUGACAAUAGUUCAAGUUUUCGAUACCAGUCUUGCCAGUGAUACUGAAGAGAGGAGAGCUCUUUUAAAUAUAAUUCAACCAAUGAUUGACCAAAGUUACAAAACUGUACCUGACUACAUUCCUGGUUCCGCAAAAGUCAAUAAUUUCAGGUCUGGUAGCAUUAUAGUAGACUACACAAUUACUGCAACAUCUAGCAGCCCUGAUUUUACUUCUGCAAACACACAACUUGCCAACGGUCUAAAGCAGGCAGGACUCCCUGUGGAUCCCAAUUCUUUUGCUGAAAGUGUGCCAGCACUCCUCGCCAACACUACAAAUAAAAUAUAUCCAAUGCAAAGGCUGGAUCUGAGAUGUACACGCCCAGCGUCCGUUGCGGGAGCAAUAACAUGGACCGUAAAUAAGAUUAAUCCUGCACUAGAUCCUAUGAGAUAUUCAAUUAUUGAAAGUAACACAGGUAGCACUCUCACUGUGAAGAACGCAAGUGAAAGUGACAGUGGAAGAUACUCAUGCACCAUAAAUAGGAACACUAUACCUUAUAUUCAGUGGCAAGACAUUGUUAUUGAACAACGUCCCAGAAUUGAAGUUGACGCUGAUCGAGUAUUUGAGUGCAAGGAUCAGAUUGUCCGAAUUAAAUGUUGUGCUGCGCUCUACAGUAUUGAGUGGGACCGGAUUCCUGAUGGUGAUCAAUUGGGAAAUUCAGAACCUAACUGCAUCAUAUUACAACAUAAGCUCCUGAAAAAAAAUUGUGGGAGUGUGGAAACCUUUACAUGUCAACUCAAAGACCUGAAAGAGCUACAAGGUUACAGUUACAGCAGGAAAAGCGUCACCAUUCAAACAAGUGACAAAAGAAUUGACUGUACAAAUGAAACACUUGGAAUUGGACAAAUAGGUGAACAAGUAAAUGGACUGUGUGACAAUGGCAGGAUAGGCUUCAUAACUUAUCAAUGUCAAUCAGGUGGCUGGAGGAAGAUACAGAUCGAAUGUGUACUUCCUAUUCUUGCAUCCCUUCAAAGUGAAGUUCAGGUCUUGACUGAGGAAAAAAUUCCCGGGUUUAUGGCAAGCCUCAGUAACGCUACUGUGCAGAACAGCAUUGAGAUAUCACAGUCUGCCUCGGAUGUCAAAGCAAUUGUUGAUAUGCUCCUCCAAAUAACUUACAUUUCACCAAACAUGACCAUUGAUAAGACUGUGAUGAACACAUAUCUUAAAACAGUGGAUGUUAUUGUAUCAGAUCAAACUAAUAACACAUGGGCAGAAUUAAACAAUGGCAACACAACAUCAAAUACCAGCACUGCACUUUUGUUUGCUAUUGAGGUCACAAGCAAUCGUCUGUCAGAUGUGAAUUUUGCUUUAAAUGAAUCCUCCAUUCAGUUGGAAAGAACCUUAAUACGCAACUCAUUCAAUUCAACUUCACAACAGUCAAACUCAACUACGCAGAUCAUGUUUUCAAACGUUCCUGAACCGACCUUCGUAACUCUUAUAUUCUUCUCAAAUCUUGACAAUGUUCUACCAACUCGUAAUACUUCUAAAAAUGACACCAGUACAUUCGAAAACCAGAUCAAUGGCGACGUGGUUGUGAUAAAGGUUAACCAAACAGUUAAUAAUAUUUCUCUAACUUUUGACAUUACAAAUGAGCAACUGGGAAAUCCUCAAUGUGUCUUUUGGAACUUUAAUCUGGAUCGAUGGGAUUCCAAUGGAUGUAAAGUCAAGCACUCAGGGAAUGGCAAAGUUACAUGUGAAUGCAACCACACAACCUCUUUUUCAAUCCUCAUGUCACCAUUUUUCAUGAAUGAUAAAGCGUUGGCCUAUAUCACAUACAUUGGUGUAGCUAUUUCAAUGGCCAGCUUGGUUUUAUGUCUCAUUAUUGAGAUUAUCGUAUGGAAGUCAGUGACAGGAAAUGACACGGCGUACAUGCGUCAUGUCUUUGUAGUUAACAUCGCUGUGUCGCUGCUGAUCGCAGACAUCUGGUUUAUCAUUGGAGCUGCAAUUGCUAAACCAGGAGAGUCUACACCGGUGAAUCCCUGCAGUGCAGUGGUUUUCUUCAUUCACUUUUUUUACCUGGCUCUUUUCUUCUGGAUGUUAACUUCAGCACUUUUGCUCCUUUACCGCACUGCCAUGGUCUUUUCUCAGAUGUCAAGGGCUAAAAUGAUAGGCAUUGCGAUCACUGUUGGUUAUUGUGCACCUUUGCUCAUAGCGGUUAUUACCGUCGCAUCCACAGCUGGAGCUGGUAGAUAUAUUUGGACGAGAGAUGUAUGUUGGCUGAACUGGUCUGAAUCUAAGGCCCUGCUGGCAUUUGUGAUUCCAGCUCUGACCAUUGUUGCCUUUAAUCUUGUGGUUUUGAUUGUGGUUUUAUAUAAAAUAGUUAGGAGAAAUGUCAAUGCUGCAACUCAAACAGAUGAGAAACACACCCUUGUUGUCAUUGUCCGAUGUGUGGCCUUUCUGACUCCUAUUUUUGGACUAACAUGGGGAUUUGGAGUGGGAACCAUGGUGUCAAAUGUGUAUGGCCUUCAUGUGGUGUUUGCCAUCCUCAAUUCAUUUCAGGGUUUCUUUGUUUUAGUGUUUGGAACACUUCUGGACAGCAAGGUCCGACAGUCACUGGCAGGAAAGUUGAAGCUAAAACUUAAUUCUGACCGUACCAAGAGCACUACUUCUACAGGACCAUCUUCUUCAGUCAAACUGGGUUGCUUUGGAAGGAUGCGGCGUAAACAUGUUUACCACGUAUCUGAUCCCAACCAUUUCUCAAGACCAUCAUCAAACAAGACAGGAGUCUCAUCAAGUUAAUAAACUAUAUCCUACUGUAUGUUCUGUUACUGAUUUUGGCUUACAAAAGUUUCUCUGUUCAAAAAUAAUUGCUUUAAAUCGUUCCCCGCCAUUGACGAGUUAUCUCGUCAAUUAAGAGAAAACAUUUGCAUUAAAAAAUAACGUGCUCUUUAUGAGGUUUCAUGGUUAUCUGUAAUACCGCGAUUAUCCAUAAGAUUACCCAAUUUGUAAAAAAAAAACUGAAGCAAAAAAGUAUUUAUUAAUUUUAUACUCUUUGUAUGUUUUGAUAAUUGUUCUGAAUCUGAUCUCUAAAAAUUCCUUCACAAAAAUGCAAUUAUUUCAGCUUUUUGCUACAACAAAUAUGGUAACACUUUAUUUUACAGUGUCUUUGUUACACAUGUUACAUGUAAUUAUUAUAGUAAUAACAGUUAAUUAUGCAUAAUUACAUAAAACUAAUCCUAAACCAAACCCUACAUAAGUACAUGUUGUUGGUGAUUAUUACUUAGUACUUAAAUAUAUAAUUACAUGUAACAGUGACGCCUUACAAUAAAGUGUAACCAAAAAUAUGCAUAUUUAAGAGUUUAUAAGCAGAGAAAUGAUAUAGAUAGGAUGAAACGUUUUUUUCCCGUUUUGUUUCUUUGUUUAUUGUUUGUUUGAAAGCAAAGGGUUUGUUCUUUCAUUUGAUAUAUUUGUAUGUUUAUAUAUUUUUAGAAGAAAAUUUUCCUGAAAAGCAUUUUGUGGAACUUUUGUGAAAAUCACAAAAAAAUGCUGGCGGGCAACUUUUUAAAAAAGGCUGGCGGGGAAUGAGUUGAAAAUUGGUGGUAUGUUUUACUGCAUCUACAGUAUGAUACUUGAAUAAACUAUACACUGUAAAAAAUUAGCUGUAAUUAUGCAGUUGGUUGCCAGUAACUUACUGUAGAAAAUAAAGACUGAAUAUGUUUCAUGUUCAUUUAACUUUGAACAAACUGUUGCCAGUAAAUAACAUAAAUGUAAAAUCUACAGUAAGUUACUGGCAGCUGGUUGCCAGUAAUAACCAGUGAUACUGUAAUUUCCACAGAAUUUUUUUACAGUGUAUUCAUUGUGUUUUGUUAAAAUCAUUACCCAUUUUGUUGUCCAUCUUAUUUUUUUCUUUUGUUCUAAAAAGUUCAAAUACAGUUUAAUAUAUAAUAAAGUUAUAAAGUUCUGCAUGUUAAUGUUAUCACUUUACAAUUAAUGUCAUGUCUCUUCAUAUUAACCUAAUUGUAUAACAAUAGUUUAAAACGGUCUUAAAACAGCAUUUUUUUAUAGAUCUGUAUACUGUAUAGAUUAAGACCUGUCAGUCUGCUUGAGGAAAUAUCAACAUAGGCUACAUAAGUACCGAGUGUUUUUUUUUUGACAUAUGUUACCCACCGUAAAUACAUUGUAUCAUUUUUAGUUAGUACGGUCCGUGUUCACAUAUAUAUUUUUUUACUGUACUCGAAAUGCCGCACCGUACAUCAUGUUACAACGGUCAGCGCUGUCAUUGGUCUCUGACAGCUCUUACCGUCUCAUGACCACCCCCACGUUUCCACGACAACCAGCCUGACAGGGAGAG